CUGCACCGGCCAAACCUCCCGAAGAGAAAACACCGGGGCGAGCGAGGCUCGCUCUCCUCAUGAGUUCAUUACUCCCUACCAAAGUUUGAAUGACAGGAUUUGAAGAGCAAAACCAGUGACAUCUCUGAGCGGCGACAUGGAGAAUCAACCUAGUUUACUAACGUCGACGCUUUUUCUGAAGCACAGAGAGGUAGAAGUUGGAAUCAAUCGUAAUGUUUUUUCGUGGGAAGAAACUCAGGCGAAGAGAAAACGAGGCUCUGGCAUUUCUGAAGCAGCACGCAGCCAGGCUGUUCAGGUGUGUGAGAUAGUGGCUGUCCACAAGACGGAAGAUGAAGAUGACACCAAGUCCAGGAGGCAUCAGAAAAAGACAAAGCACAGCUCCCCGCAAUAUCCACAUGCUUUUACAGUUUCCUACGUGAGGAGGACGAGCCAACACCAGUGGAGGUGCAGCGACGUCACCUUUCACUGUGCAGACCAGGGACUCUGCCAGCGCUGGAUCCACGUUACAAAUGAGCAGCUGUCAUUACUCACCAACCGGCCGAAGAGCCUGCUGGUGUACAUCAAUCCAUACGGGGGAAAGCAGCGCGGGAAGCACAUUUACGAGCAGAAGGUGGCUCCCAUGUUCCGACGAGCCGGCAUCUUCACCAAUGUGAUCGUUACAGAGCGCGCCAAUCAUGCCAGAGACCACUUGAAAGCAGAGGCCGAGCUGGACGAAUAUGACGGGGUGGUGUGUGUGGGCGGAGAUGGGAUGUUCAGUGAGAUCCUGCACGGGUUGGUUACCAGGACCCAAACCGACCACCAUGUGGACCAGAACCAGUCGGACGCAGAGUUGGUACCGUGCUCCGUACGCAUAGGGAUCAUUCCCGCAGGGUCAACUGAUUGUAUCUGCUUUGCCACAGUGGGAACGAAUGAUCCGGUUACUUCUGCUCUGCACAUCAUUGUGGGUGAUUCCCAGCCAAUGGACGUGUCUUCAGUUCACCACGAUGACAUCUUUCUCAGAUACUCCGUCUCACUGCUUGGAUACGGUUUCUAUGGAGAUGUACUGGCAGACAGUGAGAGAAAACGAUGGCUCGGUCCGGCCAGGUACGACCUCUCAGGGGCGAAGACGUUCCUCCUUCACAACCGCUACGAAGGCACCGUCUCUUUCCUCCCCGCCGAGGACGGCGUGGGCCACCCGAGGGACAAGCUGCAGUGCCGAUCAGGGUGCCGCCUCUGUCAACACAAGCGCUCAUCGAAGGACAAGUCCAGUGAAACUUCAGAAAAGAAGGAGAUUAAAGAUCGCGGCGGCGGCUGGAACGUGAUCCGAGGCAAGUUCCUCGCCAUCAACGCGGCCAGCAUGAGCUGUGCGUGUCCGCGGAGCCCCAAAGGCCUGUCGCCCUCCGCCCACCUCGCCGACGGCACCACCGACCUCAUCCUGGUCAAACAGUGUUCCCGUCUGGACUUCCUCAGACACCUGCUCCGACACACCAACAAGCAGGACCAGUUCGAUCACUCCUUCGUGGAAGUCCACCGCGUGAGGAAGUUUCAUUUCCAGCCGUUGCGGCCCCGCCCGUCUUCGUUGGAGGACCUGAGCGAGCGUCCGGAGAAAACCCGCUUCGCCCCCAUAUGCUCCGCCCCGACACCCUGCAACCACGGCGACGGCCACAGCAGCUGGAACUGCGACGGCGAGAUCUUGCAUCACGCCGCCAUCCAGGUCAGUGUCCAGUGCCAGUUAAUCAGGCUGUUCGCCCGCGGCAUCGAGGAGCAGCAGCAGUGUGUUUGAGGGCCCUCGUGUAUUGCGGGUCCUCGAGUUGAGCUCCGUGUCAGUGGAGAGGAAGCCGGGCACGAAAACCGACUGGAACUUGGAAAGAAAAACACGCAUUCCAUCAGUUUAAAUCCCAAAAGCCUGCAGCUAAUCCUCUCCAAAGGAACGUUACAGCACAUCAUUUCAACUUAUUGAGGAUCUCAAAGGUCAACAAUCCCUUUUAGCACUGUUUGGACUCGCCCGACCGGCCGUCCUAAAUGUUUUCCUGUUCAACACAAACAAUUAGUCUGGUUCUUCUGGAAUUUAAUUUCCAGGGUCCAGCACCAGUGGAUGCAGACGAAACUGCCUCUGGAUGGCAUUUCGUAGGCAUAAAACCACUCAGCAGAACCGAGGAAUGCUGCUGAGUAACUGGCAUCAGUUUUGAAGGAAAGACUUCUCAAUCCUCCAUCCAUCCAUGAACUUCAGCUGAUCUGAGGUCGGAGAGGCCCAGGCGUCC